CGGAUUUCUUAGGAAGAAACCGAAAGUAGAGUUUUCUAAAGAAAAACAUCCAUAAUAUCGGAUAUAUCAGUUUAAAAUGUCAUUCAACAGAUCUGCCUCAACCAACACUUACACAUCAGGGAGGAACCAGACGUUCAAUGAGAGACAUUCCAGAGAUAAAAUUGAGAAUUUUCUCAAGGAAGUAGAAACAAAAGAUGGAAUGAACAAAAUUCAGCUUGCUAAAGCUUGGGAUGAGUACAAAAGUUUAAUGAAAAGUGAAAAAACCUUAGCAUACAAGUAUCCAAAACAGUUUUUUGAUACAUUAAAAGACCCGCAGCAUCCCAAAAGACACAUUGUUAUGAGAUUAGACCAGUCUCCACUGUCCAAAUUAAUAGGGACCAAUAUCAAAUCUGUUUGGAAGGAAGGGGCAAGGAUACAGUUUGAAUCCUUACAAGCUUCAGAUCAGCAGCUCUCAGAUAUAGAGAACUAUGAUUCUUAUGAGAAACCUUCUGAUGACCUAGAUGUACAGUUGUGGCCAGAAGGAUGUGACGAUUGUGCAAAACAAUCAAUUAUGCACUUAUUUGAAGUUUCUAAAAACGAACCAAUCCUCAAACCUGAGCACAUGAGAGAAUAUGUUAAACUAGUGUGUAAAGAAGCAGCCCUUAAAAAGGAUUUUCCAAAAGAGCAUGGAAGAAUUGUUUAUGAACUUCAAGAACCCGAAGAUGUUCAUGUGAAAGAGUUUGAUAGAAAAGUGCCUAAGAAAGGACCUCUAUAUGAAUUCAUAAAACACUACACUGUUGGGAACAAAGAAAGGUUAGCUAAGAUGAGUUUGCAAGAAUACUACAUCUUAAGCUCAGCGGAAGACCUACUACAUAAGUGUGAUCCUAAUUCAGAAUGGACGUACAGAUAUCCAGAGGACAUUCCAGCAUCCACAGAUGUACCCCCAACAGGGGCAUCACCCUUCAAUGAUCAGUUUAGAAACAAUAUUGACUGUAACAGGGUUUUAGAUUCCAAUCAGAUGGCUGGAACAUACCCACAACCAAGCAGAAAAUUCCCUCAAACAGAACCAGACGAGAGGACAAAAACUAUCACCGAGAUUCAAGGUUCUGAGUCAGGGAAAAAGGUGCUGAAAAAGCAGAGCAACAUAAUAAACGAGCCCAUUUCUCUUGAGCCAGAGUCUCAAUACUCAAAAGCAAGACUCCCUGGGAAACAUAACUCAUAUACACAAUCUCCAAGAACACAGGACUCCAAUACAAAACCCUUAGAGACACAGAACUCAAGUAUGAGACCCUCAGGGACACAUAACUCAAAUAGGAGACCUCCAGGGACCCAGGACUCACAGACCAGACCAGUAAAACGUACUGUAGAACGACAGAACAGUAACAGUCAAAACUCAGCCUUUGGAACAAUUGUAGACCCAGGGGACAAAAAUGUAACCAACUGGAAAGGUGCUUACUCAGACCUACACAAAUCAUGGACUUAUCAAAAUUCACAGAUAGAGGAGCUUACAAACAGAUUAAGCAGUUUUGCCAGUAAACAGUUAACUGAGGGUAAUGCAGCUUUUACAGACCUCAGUGACAAGAACCGGCCUACAAAGAUUGGGGAGAGGUUUGGUCUAAUCUUUGACGAUGAGUGGUCCGAAGCAUUCGAAGAACUCACAGGUGGCGGGAUGGAUGAUCAGAGUGUUAUUUCUAACCUACUGCAAAUAAUUCAGCAUGGUUAUGAAUAUUGCAUGAAGAAGGCUGAUGAGCAAUUAGAGGACCUUCAGUCUGUCAUGAAGAUACCGAUUCUUCAACCAUUUCAAAUAAAGCAUUCACUGCAUGUCCCAAAGGACAUGGUCCAAAUACUCACAACAGCUACCUUAAAACAUGCCAAAGACUACAGAAAGGUCACUGCCUCCAUUUCAUCUCCAGAAGUGUGCAAGGUUUUCUUACGUGAGGAAUCUGACUUUUUGAAGAAGAGACUCCAAACUCUGAGCUCUGGAGAGAAGCUGAGGGUAUAUAUCCAAGUCUGUAUUGAACAGCUGUGGCUGAUGUGUGUACAGGACCCCCAAAUGUCCCUGGAGUUUGCAGAUCCCAAUACACCUAUCCAGAAAGACUUGUACAAGUUCCACGAGAAGAAGGGGACCAUUGUCCACUUAACCGUUUGGCCUGUGGUGUUCCUCCACAAAGGGGGGCCCCUGAUCAGCAAGGGAUAUGUGUUGCCAAAAUAACCCACCUUAUAUAUUGCAGCUUCUAUAAACAAAGGGUCUUUAUUUUUGUAUAACCUACACAUUUUCAUAGCUAGAAUAUAUCAUUUGCUUCAAAUAUUUUUUUUUUUUUUUUCCUUUAUCAGAGUCUAUUUUCAUAAUCAAAAUUUUAACGUUUGGUAUAGAUUGUAAUGUUAUUAAAAACACAUUAUUUAAAAAUGAUUUUUUAAAGGAAUAAACAGUAUUAUAAAAAGCUUUAUGUAUUCUAAAGCAUCGUUACCUGGGUUAUGAACAUAUACCUUUUAACCCAUAGAAAUGAAACACGAUCAGUAUGGCAUCAACUGAGAUUACUUAAAUUGUUCAAGCAAUUAUUUUGUCCAUUUUACAUUUAUCAUUUUUGAGACAUUUUCUCAGAUACAUGUUUGCUGUUUGUAACACAUUCUUACUACCAGUAAGUUAAACAUCAGUGUUAUAUAGAUAUUGUCCAUGGUUGAUCCACCUUUAUAUCUGUGAGUUUCUGUGAAACUUGGCAUUCAGAAAUGAUGUAGAAUGUAUGUACUCCUAGUAUAGUAAAACAUGGUUAUAGCGAACACGCUUAUGAUGAAUUGACAUUUACAGCAAAGUGAUUUUCAUUCCCUGUGACAAUAAUAUAUGUUGUAAACUUAAUGGAUAUAACGAAUUACGCUUAUAACGAAGCAAAAUCGCCUGUCCCUGGCACUUCGUUAUAAAUGUGUUUUACUGUAGUAGUUAUAAUUAGUAAGCAGUAAAUGAAGAUCUAGUCAGUUCAGAUUCACUUCAGAGAGCAGGCAGCUUAGGUUGAGUUUUGUUUGAUAUUUUUAUACUGAGUUAGAGGUAAUAUGGCAUUUACAGCUUUUUUCUUAUGCCCCCGGUAUAAAGGAGAGGGGGUAUGCUGUUUUACCCUUGUGUAUUUGUCUGUCUGUAACAAAUUUCUUUCACAUUUUCCUCAGGAACUAUUUAUUCCAGAUGCUUGACAUUUUUACACACUCUUUGUGUAGGAAUGCCAUACAUUGGGAUUCAUUUUUGUACCAAUCAGAUGUCAUCUUCUUGUUGAAUGAAAACUUCAUUUUUAUCCUUAAUCGUCUGACAAAUUUUCGUCAACGAUUUUUUAGCAACUAUUCAUCACAGAUGCUUGAAAUUUUAACACAUUUCUUUGUUAAGGCAUGCCAUAUGGGGGCAUUUAUUUUCUAACAAAUUUGAUGUCAACUUUCUCUUAAAUUAUUUGGCAUAUUAUUCACAUCAGAGUGGCGGUAUCACUAGAGAGCAUUGCAUUGCAGGUAUCUUGUUAUUUGUGUUUACAAUAUGUACAUAUUUAAAUAGCUACACUAUGCAAUAAAUCAUCAGAAUCAAUGUG